AUGACAGCCAAGCUUAACUUCACUAUAUAUCACAACAUUAUCAAUAAUGAGCUGAGCGCUGCACCCUCAACUCGACACAGCAUCAAUCCAGCGACCCAAAAGCCAAAUCCCGAGGUUCCGGUUGCGACGCAGGAUGAUCUUGACCGAGCUGUAAAAGCCGCCCGCGAUGCUUUUGAAAAUUGGUCCAAGACCUCCUUUGCGGAGCGUCAAGCUGCACUGAAUGCGUACGCAAAUGCAAUUGAAGUUAUGGCUGACGAUUUUGCCAAAACCCUCACAAUGGAACAAGGGAAGCCUCUAGCCCAGGCUGCGACGGAGGUAGGCAUGGCAUCUACCUGGAUUCGAGCAAUCAGCGCUUUUGAAAUCCCUCGAAAUAUUAUCGAAGAGACGGAAAAUAGGACUAUUGUUCAACGUUAUACCCCUAUAGGCGUUGCUGCUGCUAUUGUGCCGUGGAACUUCCCUGUGCUUCUGGCAAUUGGAAAGAUUACUCAAGCUGUGUAUGCAGGGAAUUCAGUUAUUGUGAAGCCUUCUCCUUUCACGCCUUAUUGUGAUCUUAAGCUAGUUGAGCUUGCUACCAGGUUCUUUCCUCCUGGCGUUGUGCAGUGUCUCAGUGGGGAUGACUCGCUCGGUCCAAUGAUCACGGAACAUCCUGGAAUUGAUAAGGUGUCGUUUACGGGUUCUAUCUUGACUGGUAGAAAAGUUAUGGCGAGCUGUGCCAAAACGCUCAAGCGGGUGACGCUUGAGCUGGGUGGAAAUGACCCUGCGAUCAUCUGUGAUGAUGUCGAUAUUGAUGCUGUUAUUCCCAAGAAGUUGGUCGAUUUUGUAAAAACUCUCAAAGUUGGCGAAGGUACAGAAGCAGAUGUCUUUGUCGGCCCUGUUCAGAACAAAAUGCAGUUUGAGAAGGCCAAGGAUCUCUUCCAGACUAUCACCACCGACAAACUUAAGGCUGCACUGGGAGGAGCCAUUCAAGAUUCCACCGGUUAUUUUAUUCAUCCAACUAUUAUUGACAAUCCGCCUGAGAACUGCCGGGUUGUUCAGGAAGAACCGUUUGCGCCUAUUUUACCUGUUCUAAAAUGGUCCGACGAGGAAGAUGUCAUUGAGCGAGCUAAUGCGCUAGAAACUGGACUUGGCUCGUCAGUCUGGAGUAAGGAUCUCGAUCGGGCUCAACGUAUUGCCGAUCAAUUACAGUCGGGCAGUGUCUGGGUCAACUCGCAUUUUCAGGUCGCGCCUAAUGCUCCUUUUGGCGGCCAUAAGCAAAGUGGUAUGGGGGUUGAAUGGGGGUUGACUGGUCUUUUGGCCUAUUGUAACUCUCAAACCCAAUGGCUGAAUAAGAGUUAUUGA